AUGGCGAAGAAAAAAAGUAGAGAAAUUGAAGAAGAAACCAAGAAAGGAGCACAAAAUGAUGUGUCCAUUACAAACGGCGAUUCUGAAUCUCACGAGAAGCAGUCAAAAAAGAAGAAGAAACACAGAGAAAAAGAGAGAGAACGGAAAAACGACACCUUAUCUUUACAAAAUGAAAUGCCCACCGUAAGCAUUGCUGUUCCUGGGUCCAUUAUCGAUAACACUCAGUCCUUUGAACUAGCCACCCGGUUAGCUGGUCAGAUUGCUCGUGCUGCCACUAUUUUUCGAAUUGAUGAGGUGGUUGUAUUUGACAACAAGAGUACAUCGGAGGAUGAUUCAACUGAUGUGGUGGAGAACGAUACAGAUGAGGGUGAGACUGGUGCUGCUUUUCUUAUCAGAAUCUUGAGUUAUCUCGAGACACCUCAGUAUCUCAGGAAGGGUCUUUUCCCUAAGCAUAACAGUUUAAGAUUUGUGGGUCUAUUGCCCCCACUUGAUGCUCCACACCAUUUGCGUAAGCAUGAAUGGGCUUCAUACAGGGAAGGUAUUACACUGAAAAAUCAAGAUCAAGGUUCUAUAGGGACGCUUGUUGACGUGGGGCUUAGCAAGAAUGUUAUGAUUGAUCAAGUCAUUCAGCCGGGAAGAAGAGUAACGGUAGCUAUGGGAACAAAUCGUAAUCUAGAUGCAGGUGCGCCACGGAAAAUUGUUCCAUCUUCCAGGCCUAGGGAAGAUGGAAUGUACUGGGGAUAUAAAGUACGAUAUGCUUCGAACAUUAGUUCUGUAUUCAAGAACUGCCCAUACAAGGAAGGGUAUGACUAUCGGAUGGGCACCUCUGAACAUGGUUUAGUUAUAAAGUCGUCAGAACUAAAUCUGCCGUCAUUCAGGCAUCUUUUAAUUGCUUUUGGAGGACUGGCGGGAUUGGAAGAGUGUAUCGAAGAAGACAAUGAUUUCAAGGGGAAAAAUGUGCGAGAGGCGUUUGACUUAUAUUUGAACACAUGCCCUCACCAAGGAAGCAGAACAAUUCGGACAGAGGAAGCAAUCUUCAUAUCUCUUCAGUAUUUUCUAGAGCCAAUCAACCGUGUUUCAAGCAAAUACGAGCAUUAA